AGGCGAAGUUUCAACCAACUUGUCGAACAGACCCAAGGUCACCAAAUGGGCCGGCCCUGAUCGCGUUUCUGCAGCAGUAAGAGCAAAGAUGCAAGACCCGCUCGCCAUAACGUCGCAAGAACUUGUGCUCACGAUCCCGCGAAACGCAGAAGUCACAAAGGCUGCUCUUAAAGCCGCCCUGUCGAAAGUGAAGCACUACGUCUGUCCCCAUGAAUCCGAUCUCACGAUCCUCGUCACGCAUUCCUUGCCCCAUCUCAACUGCAUCGCCGGACCCCUUGGCACAAAAUGCACACGACACGACCACUCGCACGCAGACGAGUCCUCCAACAAACUCAGCAUCCCAUACCACGACUGCCAGCGCUGCCAAACAGCCAUGCGGCUGUUCCGCUGGGAGCGCUCAACAUCUCCAUACGGUGGUGCAAAAUCACCCGACGAGAUCAUCCUACUCGUUACCCGCGUGAUCCAUCAUCUUGCAGACCCUGCCACACCGUUCUGGCUACACCACCUGGAGCCCUCAACCUACGACCUGAACCGCGAUUUGACGGAAUGCUACACAUGGUGCCGGAAGGCAGGCUGCGCGACCUCCCAGCGGAGGUUCGCAUAUCUAGAUGUGGCACUUUGGGAAGAGAGAUACAAGUAUGAGAAAAGUAAGUUGGGGUUAUACCCUAACCUGACACUGUGGCAUCAAAGGGCGCAGAUUGCGCAUCGGAUGCGUACUAGACGUAGAGCCUGUAUGCAGGGAAAGCCGUUGCCGACACCGCCGCAUGAAUAUUUGAGGCGGUGGCCAGGGCAUUAUCGGCGGUGUUGGGGGAUGUUAGGGUUUGAAUACAGAACAAAGAAGCGGUUUGAGGGUUGGGUUGAUAGUAUCAGCUGCUCGGUUUUGAUUCAUGGUUCACGACGAUGACAAAAUAUAGCCUUUUGUUUGUGUCGACCGCAAGAAUGUCUUACAGACUUACUAGACCA